CCAGUGUCCCAUGUGCUGCAUCCGGCCUUACUAGGAAGUACGAUUUCUAGUCGCAGCUCAAGAGGUGGGCAGUUGCCGCUGGGGUGGGUUUUCUUAAGACUCUUCGCCCGGGAUCCCUUCGACAGCCAACAUGCCGAAUAGAAACAACAACAAGCUGCCCAGCAACCUGCCGCAGUUACAAAACCUGAUUAAGCGGGACCCGCCGGCUUACCUGGAAGAGUUUCUGCAACAGUACAACCACUACAAAUCCAAUGUGGAAAUUUUCAAGUUGCAACCAAAUAAACCUAGCAAAGAACUGGCAGAGCUGGUGAUGUUUAUGGCACAGAUUGGUCACUGCUACCCAGAACACUUAAGCAGCUUUCCUCAGGAGCUGAAAGAUCUUCUCUCCUGCAAUCACACCGUCCUGGAUCCAGAUCUUCGAAUGACAUUUUGCAAAGCUUUGAUCUUACUGAGAAAUAAGAAUCUCAUCAGUCCAUCAAGUUUGUUAGAACUCUUCUUCGAACUUCUGCGUUGCCAUGACAAGCUGCUUCGAAAGACUUUGUACACACAUAUUGUGACUGACAUCAAGAAUAUAAAUGCGAAGCACAAGAACAAUAAAGUGAAUGUGAUGCUACAAAACUUCAUGUACACCAUGUUAAGAGACAGCAAUGCUACUGCAGCUAAGAUAUCACUGGAUGUGAUGAUUGAACUCUACAGAAGGAACAUCUGGAAUGAUGCCAAAACCGUCAAUGUCAUCACGACUGCUUGUUUCUCAAAGGUCACCAAGAUACUAGUGGCUGCUUUGACAUUCUUCCUGGGGAAAGAUGAAGAGGAGAAACAUGGCAGUGACUCAGAAUCCGAGGAUGAAGGACCCACGGCUCGAGACCUCCUUGUGCAGUAUGCCACCGGAAAGAAGAGCUCCAAAAACAAGAAGAAGCUGGAAAAAGCCAUGAAAGUGCUCAAGAAACAAAAGAAGAAGAAAAAGCCGGAGGUGUUUAAUUUUUCAGCGAUUCACUUGAUUCAUGACCCCCAAGAUUUUUCGGAGAAGCUACUGAAGCAGCUGGAGAGCUGUAAGGAGAGGUUCGAAGUGAAGAUGAUGCUCAUGAACCUCAUCUCCAGACUGGUGGGAAUCCACGAGCUUUUCCUCUUCAACUUCUACCCCUUUCUCCAAAGGUUCCUGCAGCCUCACCAGAGAGACGUGACGAGGAUCCUUCUGUUUGCUGCACAAGCGUCUCAUCAGCUGGUGCCCCCAGAGAUCAUUCAGUCCUUGCUUAUGACCGUGGCCAACAAUUUCGUCACUGACAAGAACUCUGGGGAAGUCAUGACCGUCGGGAUCAAUGCUAUUAAAGAGAUAACUGCUCGAUGUCCUCUAGCCAUGACUGAAGAUCUUCUCCAAGACUUGGCUCAGUAUAAAACACACAAAGAUAAGAAUGUGAUGAUGUCUGCUCGGACUUUGAUUCAGCUCUUCCGAACACUGAACCCCAAGAUGUUACAGAAGAAAUUCCGGGGUAAACCAACAGAGGCCUCCCUUGAAGCACGAGUGCAAGAAUAUGGAGAAUUAGAUGCGAAAGAUUACAUUCCAGGAGCAGAAAUUCUGGAAGUUGAAAAAGAAGAGAGUUCGGAAAGCAAUGAAGAUGGCUGGGAAAGCGCCAGCCUCAGUGAGGAGGACGACAGCGACGGGGAGUGGAUCGACGUGCACCACUCCUCCGACGAGGACCAGCAGGAAAUUGCCAAGAAGCUGGACAGCAUGCCCACCGAGGAGCGGAAGGCCAGGGCUGCCGUGGUCAGCACCAGCCGGGUUCUGACGCAAGAGGACUUCCAGAAGAUCCGCAUAGCCCAGAUGAGGAAGGAACUGGACGCGGCCCCUGGGAAGGCCCCAAAGAGGAAGUACAUCGAAAUCGACAGUGAUGAGGAGUCCAGGGGCGAGUUGCUCUCUCUCCGGGACAUUGAAAGACUUCAUAAAAAGCCCAAGUCUGACAAGGAGACAAGACUAGCAACUGCGAUGGCUGGCAAGACGGACCGAAAAGAAUUUGUGAGGAAGAAAACCAAAAUGAAUCCAUUUUCUAGUUCUACAAAUAAAGAAAAGAAAAAACAGAAGAACUUCAUGAUGAUGAGGUACAGCCAGAAUGUCCGGUCCAAAAAUAAACGUUCCUUCCGAGAAAAGCAGCUGGCACUACGUGAUGCACUUUUGAAAAAGAGAAAAAGAAUGAAGUGAUUUCCAAUGAACUUUUCCAUUCCAAGGGGAAGGCUGCAUAUGUGCCAUUACUCUGAAAAUUAACAAAUCAAGAAUGUUUGUUUCCAUUAAAAAACCCCCAAAGCACUGCACUGUGAAAACCCCAGAAAGCUUGGAAGCAUUUUGAUGCUUUUAUUUUGAACCUGAGUAAUGGUGGGAGUAUUUGAAAUGGGAAAGUAGUGGUGAUAUAAAAUCAUUUUCCUUUAACCUUCAUGGAGGAAAAAAUGAAGUGACUUCACAUCAUCACUGAAGAGAGAAAAAUGAGCUGAAACCCCUUACUCGUGUGUGUGUGUGUGUGUGUGUGUGUGUGUGUGUGUGUGUUUGUGCUGUGUGUCUGUGUGUCUCUGUGUGUCUGUUUUACAUAGUUCUUUCUUGGUGACAGGUCCAUGCUCCUACAGGAAUGUGGAGCUCACGGCGGGUUCACGGCAGGGCCGGGAGUUAUAUAUUCUCUUAAAACCAAACAGAAUAAAGUACAGGAGUAAGAUUCUUGUAAAUAAGCUUACCUGCUAAAAACAAGGUUCCUGCUGUAUAGAUUUGGGUAGACAUUUGAGCUUGCUAGUCUGCCCUGAAGAUUUUAAUCUUUUUCAAAUGCCUCGUACAGGUUCUGCAGUAAAGGCCUCAGUUUUUGAAUUGCCUUAAGUGUAAAUAGCAAUUGCCGAGUGUCUUCAGUUCAUCGUUGGCGACCCUUUCUUCCCUGGAGGAGAAAACCCUGGGCUUGAUUUCCUUGACCUCUCUUCACCAUGAGUAGUUCCAGCUCACUUGUGAGGCUUUUGAGGGAAGGGUGUCCUCGCCAGGGUGUUGACCCAGUUGGCAGUUCGCAGGGGACACUCCCAGCUCAGUGCUUGAGAACACUCCUUUCAGGGCUGGGGGACCAGGCGGUUUCCACUGCGGGCGUGGGCCUCCCACAUGCAAGGCAUCCACUCAGCGCACGGCGUCUCUCUGGCCUGGAAAAGGUCACUCGUGUCACCAAGCGCUCUUUCAGGGCCGGGAGAUAGUGCAGGCAAGGCUUUUGCCUGGCUUGCAGUGGGCCCAGGUUCAAUUGCUGUCACUACAUAUAGUCCCCCGAGCACUGCCGGGAGUGAGCCCCACGGCACAGAGCCAGGGUAACCCCUGAAGUAGCACAGCCAGGUAGACUCCAAAUCCCCAAAGUAAAUUUAUUUAGAGCACUCUUUCUUGUGAGUGUUGAGGGGUGUAUGUAGGGGAAAAGAUUUACCAAGACUGGGCCAUUUUCUCUUUCGGCAAGUUUGUGCAUUUGAAAAUAGUUUGAUGCCUCUUGUUUUCAAUUUCUAAGAUAUUUUAUGAUAGAUGGCAGAAAUCACGAGUAAAAGGCAGUUUUCACCUAUUCUGUAUUGGGAAGCAAUUUGUAAACCCAUAUAAGUGAAAACAUAAAGGUUU